AUGCAAAUUCAACUCGACACCGACUGCGAGGAAAUCGCAGCCCCAUUCAUUACGAAGUUGCCUUCUCUUUCAGCUCAAGACUUCUCGGCAGAGCCCAUCCGGUCAGACACGUUUGCCCUCACAGGCUGCUUGGGGACUUUCUACUCAGCACCUAGCAUCAUCAAGGCCUGGUCCGACCCCUGCACUCUGGGACAAGCAACGAGAUUCAAGGCCGUGCCAGGCCCAGAAAAGCCGUGUGCAGCGACUCCUGCAACCAGAUGUAUUGGGUUCCUCUGCUUGGUUCUAGAGGGUGGGUCAUGGAAGAUCUGGGUCUUGAGGACGGUUCUGGAGCAAUUGGAAGGUUGUGAAAAUGUGGACUUUCUAUGGCCGAAGACCACCGUCAAUGGAGAAAGUGAGAUCCCCGAUACUAAUACUAAUCGGCUGGUCAAGAUUGCCCGAGCUGGAGCAGAAACCGACUUAAUCGACUGUGUCAUCGUGGGCGCUGGAAAUGCAGGACUCAGCUGCGGCGGUCGUCUCCAGGCAUUGGGCGUCAACUACAUCAUCCUGGAGAAAGACUCACAGAUAGGUGCCAGCUGGGUCAAGCGAUAUAAGUCAGCGCGAUUGCACACUCAACGCGAAACGAACCACCUACCGUUCAAUAGGACGUUUUCGGAUACCUGCAGCGAGUACCCGACCAAAGAUGAGCUGGUUGAGGGCCACAGAAGAUGGGCUCACGAGUACGGGAUUUAUGAGCACAUCUGGUUCGAAACAGCUCUUGGAAGAGGCUCAUGGGAUCCAGCAAAGCAGUCAUGGACAUUACGCAUCAGUGCGUUUGGUGUGCCGGAAAUGAUCACCACUCGAGCUGUGAUCAUGGCAGUUGGCUCUGGAGGACAGAUUCCGAUCGUUCCUCAGUUCACAGGUCAAGCUGAUGUCGAAGGAACCCUGAUCCACUCAGCAGAUCACUGGAGCGCAGAAUCUUGGAAGGGCAAAGCCGGCGUUGUUAUCUCGUCCUGCCCAGCAAAAAGCUUCGCAAAAGUGAACAGCAAGUCGUAUAAUGCCAAUAUCGAAACGCACGUGGCAGACCCAGCGGCCUAUUCAAUGCCAAAUGCAGGCCGGUAUGGCGAUGUGGGCUGCGCGAAGCUGAGUGCUGAUGGCAAGAUCAAGAUGAAAUCUGGUCCCGCGAUGACACGAUUCACGCCUGACGGCCUCGCAUUCAGCGAUGGGUCUGAGCUCUCUGCUGACAUUGUCGUCCUCUGUACCGGGUUCGUCGGCAACAUGCGCGUGACUAUAGAGCAGAUCUUUGGCAAAGAGGUCGCUGGUGAAGUUGGCGACAUCUGGGGCGUAAACGAGGGAGGAGAGGUCAGAGGCGCAUACAGACGAACUGGAGAUCCUGCAAUGUGGUGUAUGUCUGGCGGGCUCGCUAUGACGAGGUACUUCUCACGACACGUCGCUCUGCAGAUCAAAGUUCUCGUGAUGGGCUCUCCGCUGGCCAGAUAUACACGGGGCCAGUAG